CUCUUUCUUUCUAUUUUUCCACCACCUCAUUUCUUCAUAAAAUCAACUUAAAACCCCUCCACUACUCUUCUUUGUUUCCUCUCUUCACCUAUCUCCGCCAUGUCCCCCCACCACCACCCUUCUUGGACCCUCCUUAACUACUCUGGCAGCGACGUCGACGAUGACGACAACAACGACGAAAACAACAACAACAACAACACUAACACUGGCUACCUCCCCCCUCCUCCCGCCCCGAUGCAAGUGGGGAAGAAGAGAGAGCUGGAAACUCAUGAGGGAAAAUCGGCUGGUGCUACUGAGUCGUCCGAUCAUGACAUUCAUAUUUGGACGGAGAGAGAACGACGGAAGAAAAUGAGAAAUAUGUUCUCUAAUCUUCAUGCAUUGCUUCCUCAUCUUCCUCCCAAGGCAGACAAAUCAAGUAUAGUAGACGAAGCAGUAAACUACAUAAAAACCCUUCAAGAAACCUUCGAGAGACUCCACAAACAAAAGGUCGAAAAGCUCAACAACAAUAGUAAUCCAUCUAUGAGCUGCUCAAAGAUUGUUCAUAAUCCCGCCUUGCCCACAACCCGUGAGGCAUUCUUGGCCGACCAAGCCUCCUCCAACGACGACAUGUCGUCAUCCGCCACCCUAGUUUCUCAUCUUUCCACCACGGUCACCCCCGAAAAUGUUAUUAGUAUUCUCCCCCCGCCGCCGCCGCCAUCGCCACCCUCCGCCUUCCAAACUUGGACUUCCUCCAACCUCGUCUUGAGCGUCUGCGGUCGCCACGCUCAUUUUUGUGUCUGCUCCGCUAAGAAACCUGGCCUCUUUGCUGCCCUUUGUUAUGUUCUUGACAAACAUCGAAUCGACGUUGUUUCUGCUCAUGUCUCCUCCGAUUUGCAUCAGUCCUUCUUUAUGAUUCAAGCUCAUGUGAGCAGAGGUUACAAUGAACUUGGGGCAGCGACGGUAGCGGAGGAUACAUUCAAGGAAGCUGCAGGAGAGAUUAUAUUUUGGCUGUCUUCUUGAUGGGAUUAUCCAAAAUAAAUCCAAAUCUCUUCUCCACCAUGAAAGGAUGUUGCCAUGAAGUUUGAGAGAGCUUUGAGAUGAUAUAUCCACAUAAUAAUGGGUCGUUAAUGAUCCCUUUUCUAUAUAUAUCUUGAAAAUCUCUCACCCUUUUGCCAUGAAAGAACAAAAUAUAGAUUAGAGAUAGAGAGCUGUUCAUGUUGUCAUAUGGUUCUAUAUGCAAAUACAAUCCACUCUAUACAUAAACCCUACCUAUCCUCUCUCCCUAAUUUA